AGAGGCUGGAGUCGGAGCACCCCCGGGCAAGAGUGGGAGGAUGCUAGGGGACCAGCUGGAAGGGAGCACCUCUGAGGGAGUGGGCAGGGCGGAGGGCCGGCCUGGGCCGGCCGUGGUGGCCACGGUGGCCGGGAGGAGGAGAGGCCGGCGGCUCGCUGCUCCGCCUGCGGCGGGGCUGGGGGGGAGGCGGAUCCAGGGAGACCCCAGGAGCAGAAGGUGCAUGAGUACCUAGAACUGGGUGAUGUGAGGGGGUCCCCCUUUGGGGACGCCUGGGCCGGUUGGGAUGGAGAAGCCUGCCUUGGUGUCAGGAAAACAUGGAGGUUUCCCCACCCAAUGAGGACAGGGGAGGGAGCCCCACACCACCCAUAGCACUUGCUUCAAGCCUGCAGGCUUUGAGGACCCCCCCCCCCAGAGGUUUCCUUGGGGCAGCCCAUUCUGGCCUGGCCUGAGUAGGGGGGCCUGGUCAGGCCACCGCUGGUGAGUUUGAGGGUUUGACGGAUUCCCGGAGCCUGGCUGCACCCGGAUGGAUGGCCCAAGACCUUCUGUUUAGCUCCUAUGGAAGAGGGUCUCAGCCUCACAACCAGAGUCUUGUGCCACCUCUGAGGCUCGUGGUGGAAGGCUGUCCCUCUCCAGCCUCAGUUUCCCUAACCAGAGGGGCCCUUGCUGGCCAGUGGUGAAGGUUGGGUCCUUUUUCCAUCCCUUGUGCUGGGCGACUGUAGCCAGCUCACCCAACCUCUCUGGGCCUGCCUUCCUCUUAGAGUUCUACCUUGUCCUCAGAGCAUUUGUGAGUCUGAGUUCCACAGAAGAAUUCCUUUGAGUUAUUUAUUCUAUCCCGAUCACAAAUGGAGGCCCAGAGUGCGGUUACAAAAAGCAAAAAUGAUGUCCGUUUGGUUUUGGAAGAAAUAGAAGGACUUUUUGUUUAAACACAUUCUGCCGAGUCUGGGAAUUGGUUUGCAUUGAAGGAGGUCACCCAGUUGCUGGGAGAUCAGGAGGCCAGCCGGGGAUGAAAACUUUGCUUGUGUAAUGUAUGGCCACCCCCUGGGUGACUGGAGGUUGACCACAAUGGAUAAAGGGCAAGAGCACUGGUUUUGGGGUCAGAUGAUGUGCCCUCUGCCAUCCUGCCUCCUGGGCUGUGAUGCCAGCUUACACGGAGGCCCAGAGUUGCUUUGAGGCAGAAGUGAAAUGUGGGUGAAAGUUCCUUGUAAACAGCAAGCCACUGUAAAUUACCGAUGUUAGUGCCUCACCUUAUUAAUAUUUUGGGCUCGUAUGUGGUAUUGUCCUUGUCAGGAUCCCUCAAGGAACAUUUACCUCUAACAACUCCUGUGUUAACGCAGAUCUGGCCUUACUAUCUUAUGUACGUAUGUGUGUAUGUAUGUAUGUAUGUAAGUAUGUAUGUAUUUUUAAGUAGGCUCCACACCCAACGUGCAGCUUGAACUCAUGAUCCUGAGAUCAAGAGUUUGUGUUCUAUCUACUGAGCCAGCCAGGCCUGCCUUACUAUUAUUUUUACGAGGUUAGACUUUGUCUUCUAUGGCAAGAUAAAGUUGUCUUGAGGGCGUGUGCUGAACAAUGAAGGCCCAGAGAAGCAACAAUGAAUAUUUUACGUGCCAAGAUGGAGGCAAGAGACAAAGUUAAUUAUAACCAAAUACUCAUAUUAGGUGGGUUUUUUUUUCGUUAGGCUAUUAAGCUCCAAGAAGGCAGGGUAUUAACACCCUUAGUUCUUACCCUUAGCUGUUGAUUAGCUGGGCUAUUCGUUCUAUAAGGGAAGUGUUUUACUUGCUUUGUUCACUGCUGACGCUCUAGCACCUGGCACAUAGUGGGCCUAAAACAAAUAUUGGAAUGUCUCAGGGCCUGAAGGGACCUUUGACGUUACUGAUAAAUUCACUCUCUCCUUUGACAUCUGGAGAAACAGGGCCAAAAGGGGAAUGGACUUGUCCAAGGUCACACGGGGAUUAAGCGGCUGAGCCGGGACUAGAAUCCAACAAACAGCAAAAACAGCGGCGCCAUGCUGUGCCAGAACUAACAUCUUGCAUCAGUAACUUUGUUUUGCUUUCACAGGAGCCCAAGGGGUAGCUAUUAUUAUCCUUUGAUUAUCAAUGAGGAAAUAGGCUCAGAGAGGUUAAGGGACUUACCAAAGUCACAGAGCUGUUAAGUUUCAGACUUGAAAUCCCAUCCUCACAUAAAAAUGGGAACAUGGCUUCACUUGAAGUAGUCUGCCCGAGUGGUAGGUACUCUCCCUUGGGACGUCAGCUCUCUCCAAUUCUGCGUGGUCACCACCUCGGUGGCUUCUCUUGGGGCUGGAUUUUCCUAGGCCCGUAGGCAUUUCGUUUGUGUGGGUGAGCCUGUCUGCUUCAUUCAACAUGGGCCCCAGCCCUGUCGCAUUUUGCCUGCCAUGUGCACUAAAAUCUAUGGGAUGGGUAUAACCCGGGGCUCUCCCACUUCAGAGCCCAUUUACUACCCCAACCCGACAACCUGGUCUUCUGUUUUGCUCACAGGUACUUACGGGACUUUUUGACCGUGUGUGUCAGGUAGAGACCAGGAGGAACUGGGGCAAGACUUGGUUGAGAAGCUAGGGGGACAGAAGCCAGUCAAGUUUUCCUGACACCCAUCAACCAGGCCCUGGUCACCUGGUCUCAGCCCAGCUUUGCCUGCCUUGCCGUGUGAUCUUGGCUCCCUGCCUGGCCCACAGCCAUGGCCACGAUGGUGGCCCAGAAGCUCAGCCAUCUCCUGCCCAGUUUGCGGCAGGCCCACCAGGAGCCUCGGCCGGCCAGGCGGCCAGAGCCCGUGUUCACAGUGGACCGUGCCGAAGUGCCACCGCUCUUCUGGAAGCCGUACAUCUACGUGGGCUACCGGCCGCUGCAUCAGACCUGGCACUUCUACUUCCGCACGCUGUUCCAGCAGCACAACGAGGCGGUGAACGUGUGGACCCACCUGCUGGCAGCCGUCGUGCUGCUGCUGCGGCUGGCCGUCUUCGUGGGGACUGUGGGCAUCUGGGGAGACCCGCACGCGCUGCCCCUCUUCAUCCUCCUCCUCGCGUCCUUCACCUACCUCUCCUUCAGCGCCUUGGCUCACCUCCUGCAGGCCAAGUCCGAGUUCUGGCAUUACAGUUUCUUCUUCCUGGACUACGUGGGCGUGGCCGUGUACCAGUUCGGCAGCGCCCUGGCACACUUCUACUACGCCAUCGAGCCUGCCUGGCACGCCCGGGUGCAGGCCGUCUUCCUGCCCAUGGCCGCCUUUCUCGCCUGGCUUUCUUGCACUGGCUCCUGCUACAACAAGUACAUCCAGAAGCCUGGCCUGCUGGGCCGCACUUGCCAGGAGGUGCCCUCGGCGCUGGCCUACGCGCUGGACAUCAGCCCCGUGGUGCAUCGCAUCCUGGUGUCCCCUGACCCUACCUCAGACGACCCGGCUCUUCUCUACCACAAGUGCCAGGUGGUCUUCUUCCUGCUGGCCGCCGCUUUCUUCUCCACCUUCAUGCCUGAGCGCUGGUUUCCUGGCAGCUGCCACGUCUUCGGGCAGGGCCACCAGCUCUUCCAUGUCUUCCUGGUGCUGUGCACGCUGGCCCAGCUGGAGGCCGUGGCACUGGACUAUGAGGCCCGGCGGCCCAUCUAUGAGCCUCUGCAUACCCGCUGGCCCCACAACUUCUCUGGCCUCUUUCUGCUCACCGUGGGCAGCAGUGUCCUGACCGCGUUCCUCCUGAGCCAGCUGGUACGGCACAGACUCAACCGGAAGGCCCAGUGAAUGGCGGGGGCGGGGGGGGGGGCAGCUGGGAGGGAGGGAGGGAGGUGUAGUGGGGGCCCAGGGGUCCGGGCUUGGCUCCAGAUGGGAACAAGGCCUGGUAACGUUGUUUGUGUCUGGCGUUCGGUGACUUUCUGUGUAUGCCUCAGCUGCCAGGGGUGGUGAUGGCCAGUCCUUGGAUUUGGGGAUUGGCCGCGAGCUGCUGGGGUUCACCGCUUGGGCCUGCCCUGGGAGAGGAAAAGAGAGAAAAAUGUGGGCCACCUUGGCCUGCCUCCCCCCAUUGCCUCUCGCUAGGGAUGAGGAUUGGGGGUCAGCUGGGCCCACGACCUUGGUUUGGAGCUUCCAGAUGAUCUGAGAGGGAGUGACAGUGGAAUUCAGGCCAGAGUCUGCUUUGAUCUGAGAGGCAGAAGAGGGCUCAGCAAACCCCCUCUACUCAGAUGUCAUUGGUGGAUAGGAAAGGGGGAGGCUCCUAAUGUGUGUAGCCUACUCUUACCAUUCCUUGACCUCCAGCCUGGAGCUUUAGAGUUCCAGGAAGUCCCCAAAGAUAGAAGAUUGUGUCAAGUGGAAAUGGAUCCCAUCAGUGCCCCAUACCUCUUCAGUCAUCUCCCCACCCAGUGAGCCCCCAGCCUUUCUAGUUCCGGCCUUGAUGUCGUGCAUAUCCUGUUCCCAGCCUGUCUCCUGGUUUCCUUGAUCACGGUUCAGUUAUGCUUUCAGUGUUUCCUGGGCCUCUGCUCAGAGGCAGGCCACCAGCUGGCCUGUGGAUCAAUGCAGGAUGAUGAAAGCUUUCACAUCAGAAUGGCCUGUCAGGGGAAGCACUGAGGAGGGGAAUUAUCAGUGCUGCCUGUGACCCUCAAGGUCUUGGGUUGGAAAGGGUGAAUGGAGAAGUGCAUUCCUGGUAGAGGAAAAACCUAUACAAAGGCGUUCCAUUGUACGGAAGGAGGAGUUCAGUGGGGCUGGACUUAGGGGUGGUCUGAACUCUGAUGCAAUAAAGUAACUGUGAUAACA